CCUAGCCUACAGUGAACGUCACACGUUGAGCGGCGUAGCCAAGUUCGUCACCGUCGCUGUUGGACCUGCUGAAGCUUUCGAGGUUCGGAUCGGUUCAAUUUUUGUUUUGGUUCAAAUCCACAGUCCGAGCGUCGGCCUGUAAACCAGUUUUCGAUAAACAAACACCGCGGGGAUUUUGUUCAUCUUCAGACGAACACCGGAAACCGCUCAGUAAAGCGAAAGUUGAGCUUCGAGAUGAGUGUGGAGGCGUACGGGCCGAGCUCCCAGACCCUCACCUUCCUAGACACCGAGGAAACGGAGUUGCUCGGAGCGGACACCCAGGGCUCUGAGUACGACUUCACCGACUUCACCCUUCCCAGCCAGACGCAGACUCAAGGCCAGACCCAGAGCCAGCUGGACAGCCAGGUAAACGGUCCUGAUGAGGGUCUUCUUAACGGGGGAGUUGAGGACUCUGUGCCCAAAACCAGCCAGCUGUUGGCCGAGCUCAACUUUGAGGAGGAUGAAGAAGACACGUACUACACCAAAGACCUGCCUCUGCACGCAUGCAGCUACUGCGGUAUUCACGAUCCAGCGUGUGUGGUGUACUGCAAUACCAGCAAAAAGUGGUUCUGUAAUGGACGUGGCAACACAUCUGGCAGUCACAUUGUGAACCACUUGGUGAGAGCCAAAUGCAAGGAAGUGACGCUGCAUAAAGAUGGACCGCUGGGCGAGACGGUGCUGGAGUGUUACAACUGUGGCUGUCGCAACGUCUUCCUCCUGGGCUUCAUCCCGGCGAAGGCCGAUUCCGUGGUGGUGCUGCUCUGCAGGCAACCCUGUGCCAGCCAGAGUAGCCUGAAGGACAUCAACUGGGAUAGCUCGCAGUGGCAACCACUGAUCCAGGACCGCUGCUUCCUGUCCUGGCUGGUGAAGAUCCCAUCUGAGCAGGAGCAGCUUCGGGCCCGUCAGAUUACCGCCCAGCAGAUCAACAAGUUGGAGGAGCUCUGGAAGGACAACCCUACUGCCACCUUGGAAGACCUGGAGAAACCUGGAGUGGACGAGGAGCCCCAGCAUGUGCUGCUGCGCUAUGAGGAUGCCUACCAGUACCAAAACAUCUUUGGCCCUUUGGUCAAACUGGAGGCUGACUACGACAAGAAGCUUAAGGAGUCCCAGACUCAAGACAAUAUAACAGUCAGGUGGGACCUGGGGCUGAAUAAAAAGCGGAUUGCGUAUUUCACUCUGCCCAAGACGGACUCAGGUGGUAAUUCUCUGCGUUUGACUUCCUCCCAGUGGUUCUGUGAUAUGCGGCUGAUGCAAGGUGAUGAGAUCUGCUUGCGGUACAAGGGAGACCUGGCCCCUCUGUGGAAAGGCAUCGGUCACGUCAUCAAAGUCCCUGACAACUAUGGGGAUGAAAUUGCCAUCGAGCUGCGUAGCAGUGUUGGAGCACCUGUGGAAAUCCCUCACAACUUCCAGGUUGACUUUGUGUGGAAGUCCACGUCCUUUGACAGGAUGCAGAGCGCCCUGAAGACUUUUGCGGUGGACGAGACCUCCGUGUCUGGUUAUAUUUACCACAAACUGCUGGGCCACGAGGUAGAGGAUGUCACCAUUAAGUGCCAGCUGCCAAAGCGCUUCACUGCCCAGGGCCUGCCCGACCUCAAUCACUCACAGGUGUACGCUGUGAAGACGGUGCUGCAGAGGCCUCUGAGUCUGAUCCAAGGACCUCCGGGCACCGGGAAGACUGUCACCUCUGCCACCAUCGUCUACCACUUGUCCCGACAAGGCAACGGACCAGUUCUGGUGUGUGCUCCCAGUAACAUUGCCGUGGAUCAGUUGACGGAGAAGAUUGACAAGACUGGACUGAAGGUCGUCAGGCUUUGUGCCAAGAGUCGGGAGGCCAUCGAGUCACCGGUAUCCUUCCUGGCUCUGCACAACCAGAUCAGCAACAUGGACAGUAUGCCGGAGCUUCAGAAACUACAGCAGCUGAAGGAUGAGACCGGUGAGCUGUCAUCUGCUGAUGAGAAGCGCUACAGGGCUCUGAAACGCACAGCUGAGAGGGAGCUGCUCAUGAAUGCUGACGUUAUCUGUUGUACCUGCGUCGGGGCUGGAGAUCCUCGUCUGGCCAAGAUGCAGUUCCGCUCCAUCCUGAUUGAUGAAAGCACCCAGGCCACUGAGCCGGAGUGUAUGGUGCCUGUGGUGCUUGGAGCCAAGCAGCUCAUUCUGGUGGGCGAUCACUGCCAGCUGGGUCCUGUGGUGAUGUGUAAGAAAGCAGCCAAGGCAGGUCUGUCCCAGUCCCUGUUUGAACGCUUGGUGGUUCUGGGGAUCCGGCCAAUCCGCCUGCAGGUCCAGUACCGCAUGCACCCGGCUCUCAGUGCCUUCCCCUCCAACAUCUUCUACGAGGGCUCCCUGCAGAAUGGUGUCACUGCUGCUGACCGCAUCAAGAAAGGCUUUGACUUCCAGUGGCCGCAACCAGACAAGCCCAUGUUCUUCUACGUGACUCAGGGUCAGGAGGAGAUUGCCAGCUCUGGAACCUCCUACCUUAACAGGACGGAGGCUGCAAACGUGGAGAAGAUCACCACCAGGCUGCUGAAGGCUGGAGCCAAACCCGACCAGAUCGGCAUCAUCACCCCGUACGAGGGUCAGCGCUCCUACCUGGUCCAGUACAUGCAGUUCAGCGGCUCCCUGCACACCAAGCUCUAUCAGCAAGUGGAAAUUGCCAGCGUGGACGCCUUUCAGGGCAGAGAGAAGGACUUCAUCAUCCUUUCUUGUGUUCGUGCCAAUGAGCACCAGGGAAUUGGCUUUCUGAAUGACCCACGUCGUCUCAACGUGGCGCUGACCAGAGCCAAGUACGGCGUGAUCAUUGUGGGAAACCCCAAGGCCCUCUCUAAGCAGCCGCUGUGGAACAACCUGCUGAACAACUACAAGGAGCAGAAGGUCCUCGUGGAGGGUCCCCUGAACAACCUGAGGGAGAGCCUCAUGCAGUUCAGCAAGCCCCGCAAACUGGUCAACACCAUCAACCCUGGGGGACGUUUUAUGAGCACUGCGAUGUACGAUGCCCGUGAGGCCCUCAUCCCCGGCUCUGCUUACGACCGCAGCAAUGCUGCCGGACGUCCGUCCAACAUGUACUUUCAAACUCACGACCAGAUCGGGAUGAUUGGGGCAGGCCCCAGUCAUAUGGCCGCUAUGAAUAUUCCCAUUCCCUUCAACCUGGUGAUGCCACCAAUGCCUCCGCCCAGCUACCUGGGUCAGACCAACGGCCCUGCUGCAGGUCGUGGAGCUAUGAAGGGUAAGCCUGGGCGUGGCGGGCGGCAGAGGGUCCGAGGAUCGGCACACCAGGGCGCCAGUCAGGGUAACGGACCAAACAGCCAGGCCAGCCAGGACGGGGCCUCCCAGCCCUUCUCCCAGGGGCCGCUGACACAGGGCUACAUCUCCAUGAGCCAGCCCUCCCAGAUGAGCCAGCCUGGCCUCUCCCAGCCGGAGCUGUCCCAGGACAGCUACCUGGGCGAUGAGUUCAAGUCCCAAAUCGACGUGGCUUUGUCCCAGGACUCAACUUACCAGGGUGAACGUGCGUACCAGCAUGGUGGGGUGACUGGACUGUCACAGUAUUAAAGUGUCACUUAAAGAAGGGAGCUAGGCUUGACCUGAGCUUAGUUCAUCAGCUUUUUAAUCUGGGAAAUAAUAAAAACAUAAAAUGGAUACCUGUUUUCCUCUGCUACAACCGAAGCACCACCGAGUGAAAGCGACGGGAUAGCGAAACCAAACCAAUGACCAGCGAGAGAAAUGAGAGGGUAGGAGACGAGGAGGGCACGAGCAGACGGGCAUGGCGAUGGCGAGAGAGGCCGAGUGAACAAGCGAGAGGCAGGGACCGAUGCCCGGGCAGAGUGAAGGAAGGGAGUCGAGAAGAUGGCGGCGUGUGGUCGAGCUGCUGAGGGAAACGUAGGGGAGAUCUCAACGGUCUCUCGAGGGAGUCCAAAUGAGGAACAACUCCCAACAAAAUAAUUCAGCCAACCCCUUCAACCCACCGCCUCCAGGAAAGGAAGGAUCUCAUCUUCAGAUGGAGGUCGAAGCUUUCUAGCUGAAUUUGAAGAACUUGUUCUCCAAAACUUGCAGGGGGGACGAUGAUAGAACGUCAUCGAACAGGAAACACAAAAUCCUCAUGCUAAAAGUCGGUUGGUUUCUUAACCUGUAUCUCUUGAAUUUGGUUUAUCACGGGAGGAGAGCGGCCCAAAAAACCCUCGGCAGCCUCUGAAGGAAGCGGCAGUCGACACACCUUCUCGGAGAGGAAAUAAAAACACGGUUUCUGUGCUUGAGUCUGAGAUUAAAGAGCCUUGAAUUGAACCUUUCAUUUGCCUUGAGAACCACUGGCUCAUUCACGAGGUCUUUAACGGGGCGGUUUCCACCACAUGUCAGUGGCUGAGGGGCACCGGGAUUUCAGACUGUUUUUCAAGGCAUGACGCGCAAAUCCCACCGAUAUCGUGACCGUCAUGGGACAGUUUGUUCUUCUCUGAAGUACCUUUCUUAUUACAGAGCACAAAGUUGCAAAUAAGUCAUUGAAACUAUCAAAAACGACCAGCAUUGAAUAUUCAACUCGAUGUCUUUUGAUGUUUCAGCGGAGGCUUAUCUUUAUUUUAAUCUUUUGGAAGCAGGGGUCAUUGAUGUCCUGCUGUGUACGCUUAGAUUGGCAAACGCUUGAAUGCUUUGCGGUGAUUGAUUACUCAGGGGAUUGUGGACUGUUCUCACUCACACAACUCCCUGCUCGAGGUGAAAGAAACCAAACAAGAAGAGGAAAGCAGGAGGAUGGCGGUCGAGGCUUACAGGCGGGUCGUGGCAAUCAAUCCACCAGAGGUGAGGAGUAGGAAAAAGGAAGGUGGCUGAGGAAGAGAAGGAUAGGAGUUUCCACAUCUGGAAAAUGUCGAGGGAAACAUGUGGCUUUAGGACCGUGAAGUCCCAAUACGUGACCACAAAUUAGAUGUUAACCUAGUGUCAUUUCACACAGCAUUUUGAUUUUGUGAAUAAUGUUCACGAUGCGCAAUAUAGCCAAGCUGAUGGCCAUGUUGUCCAGCUGCUCAACUCUCGAGAUAAUCGGGGUUUUGAAGAAUUAUGGCUUUUACAAAUGAGAAAAAUAUAGAAUCUCAACACGACCAAUGUGAUCUGAAAGAUCUUUGGUUCCUGUGUGGAUGAAACUUCACUGAACCCCACUUAAACACAGUGAAUAUACCAUCAGUUCUGAUUACAUGAUGGCCAGCAGAUAAAGGAAAAGUGAAUGAGAAACCUGAAUCAGUGCCUAUAACCAAUCACCUUCAGAUAAACAGCUGCAGCACAAGCAUGAAUGUAGUUAAAAAUCAAACUACCAGCAUAAACAAACCUUCCAGACAUCAGAGGGCUCAACCAAACCCACAGAAAAGGACUUGAUGUAUUUUAUUUUUUUAUAUAAUAUCGGGCCGGGUAGAGAUGAGGUCAGUGAGUUUGCAGCUGGGUUGUUCCUUAAAAGGCUGGGCGGAUGAAAAGACAACAACAAAGCCACCUUCCUUCCUUCUGUGGAGUAAAACGAAAGCUGGUAGAAUUUAUUUCUCCUUCUGUGGACUUUUGAUUUGUGCUAAGCUGUUCUGCCUGCAUUAUGUAUUCCUUGUAGAUUUAUGUGGAUCCUAAACCCUUUCCCUGAAGAACUGUGUGAACCUGAACCUUCAGUUUGAUCCAAACUUUGCUUUUGUCGAAGGAUUCGCCGCUUUGUGUCACAUUUUGUCCUGAUCGGUGUUAUUUAGCCAUUUUGUGUAGUUUUACUAAAAAAUCUGUUAUUGUAGCAACUUGCUGACAAACAGGAAAGAGGCGGACGCCGUUUCCUGUCUUCACGAGUUUUGUAUCUUCUCCUCGAACUCUCCGAGGGAUUGUAGUUUUCUUUUUAAAUUCUUCCAGGAAAGACGCUUUCUGAACACAGAAUGUACUCCACUGUUUCUCAUUUCAGCAGACAUGUGACAAUCAUGUUGUAAGUAGAUGUUUCCAUGUUUAAUUGACUUAGUAAUAGUUCAGUUUUGUUGACAUUGUGCGAAUCACUCUUUAGUGCGAUGAAUUAGUUUCCCAUAUAAACCCGUUCCACUGAAAUCCUAACAUGUUAUAGCUUUAAGAACCUGCUGCCGUAAUAUUAUUGCUUUGGUGUUUUCUUUCCAACUUCUGAGCCACAAUGAAAUGCAACAUCUGCAGUGAUCAUUGAAGACGUGAUUCAGUUGUAAAGUGGUUGUUAAACAUUUGCAUCCAAACCCUUCAUUCUGGCAACAUGCAGGGAUCGAGCGCUCAGCGUGACGUUUCGUCACGUGAUGGUGGCUCCUUGUUAAACUGAAUCAAUAAAGGCUGUCAAUUGGAGAAGUUU